UUUAUUUCUUUUAAGCAGGCGGCAUAUCACCCACAGGCCGAAUCAUCAUCUCGGUCAUACCACCUGUUACAUGGAGCCCCUUUUUUGUCUGGAGACACUCGGGAACCAUCUCCAAAAGGAGCCGUUUAUUAUGCCACAGUGGUGGUCUACAGCUGUGCCGCAGUUACUCUCAUAGGCCUCAGGCCAUUCCUGUGACAGAUGUUUACCGAGCACCAGGCACUGUUGUGGAGUACUGUGGUGAGAGAAGGAGCUACAGAGAGACAGCAAUGCCUGCCUGCCAGGAGCAUGCAUUCUCGGGGACAGACAGGAUACAACACACGGCACACUGGAGAGUGACGAUGGUGAAGGCAUGGAGGAAAGAGACAAACUGCAGGGAGUGCUGGUGGGGUGCGACCUUAGAGUGGUGGUCAGGGAAGGCCUCAUUGAGAGGUGACAUCAUGCGAAGGCUGAGGAAGGUGAAGGAGAGGCUGCCGGUACGUGGGGACAGUGUGUCUCGGGCGGAGGGACAGCCUACACCAAGGCCCAGGGCAGGAGGAACAGCACACGCACUGCACACACGUUGCCUGUGACUUCAGGAGUACCCAGCCUCCAGAUGUAAUUAGUUAAGAUGACCCCGUGGAGGGAAGACAAGGCGGAGUGGAGUGAUGGCAUUUGCGAGCCAAGGAGCGUGAGGAUUAUCAGCCACCACAGCAGCUGGAAGAGAGUGGCAUUGUCCCCUCGAGCCUUUGGAGGGAGCAUGGCCCUGCUGGCACCUUGUGUCAGACUUCUGGUCCCCAGCACUGGACCCCAGCAUGCCGGACAGCAGAGAGACCCCGCAGGACAGCCGGCAGGACUCGAGCUUGGGGGCCACCCAAGAAAACCUGGGGACCAGCUCCCUGACUGAUGGACACACACUCUCCAAAGAGUCCCCAAGCCAGGUUCUCGACCUCUCGUCCCCAGAGAAGGCAAAGGAUGCCCAGCCGAAUUCUCCAGAGGAGGCGCUGUGGACGACGCGGGCCGACGGACGCGUCCGUCUGCGCAUAGACCCCAGCUGCCCACAGCAGUCGUCCUACACUGUGCAUCAGAUGUUCUAUGAGGCCCUGGACAAAUACGGACACCUCCACGCGCUGGGCUUCAAGCGCCAGGGCUCGUGGGAGCACGUCUCCUACUCCCAGUACUACCUGCUGGCCCGCAAGGCUGCUAAGGGCUUCCUGAAGCUCGGCCUGGAGCCGGCCCACAGUGUGGCCAUCCUUGGCUUCAACUCCCCGGAGUGGUUCUUCUCGGCCGUGGGCACCGUAUUUGCAGGUGGCAUUGUCACCGGCAUCUAUACAACCAGCACCCCUGAGGCCUGCCAGUACAUCGCCCACGACUGCCGUGCCAAUGUCAUUGUGGUCGACACACAGAAGCAGCUGGAGAAGAUCCUGAAGAUCUGGAAAAACCUUCCCCAUCUGAAGGCAGUAGUGACGUAUCGAGAACCUCCUCCAGAGAGGAUCGCCAACGUGCACACGAUGGAGGAGUUCAUGGAGCUGGGGGACCAGGUGCCCGAGGCCGACCUGGACACCAUCAUCAACGCCCAACAGCCCAACCAGUGCUGUGUGCUUGUCUACACAUCUGGCACCACUGGGAGCCCCAAGGGCGUGAUGCUGAGUCAGGACAACAUCACGUGGACAGCGCGGUAUGGCAGCCAGGCCGGCGACAUCCAGCCAGCAGAAGUCCAGCAGGAGGUCGUGGUCAGUUACCUGCCCCUCAGCCACGUCGCUGCCCAGAUCUACGACCUGUGGACAGGCCUGCAGUGGGGGGCCCAGGUCUGCUUUGCUGAGCCUGAUGCCCUGAAGGGAAGCCUGGUGGACACUCUGCGGGAGGUGCAGCCCACGUCUCACAUGGGAGUGCCUCGCGUGUGGGAAAAGAUCAUGGAGCGCAUCCAGGAGGUGGCGGCCCAGUCCGGUUUCAUCCGGCGCAAGAUGCUGCUGUGGGCCAUGUCGGUGACGCUGGAGCAGAACCUCACCUGCCUGGGCAGCGACCUGAAGCCCUUUACCGCCAGACUGGCUGACUACCUGGUGCUGGCCAAGGUCCGCCAGGCACUGGGCUUUGCCAAGUGUGAGAAGAGCUUCUACGGAGCUGCCCCCAUGACCGCGGACACACAGCACUUCUUCCUGGGCCUCAACAUUCGCCUGUACUCGGGCUACGGCCUCAGUGAGACCUCGGGCCCCCACUUCAUGUCCAGCCCCCGCAACUACCGGCUGUACAGCUCUGGCAAGGUGGUGCCCGGCUGCCAGGCGAAGCUGGUGAACCAGGAUGCAGAGGGCACCGGCGAGAUCUGCCUGUGGGGCCGUACUGUCUUCAUGGGCUAUCUGAACAUGGAGGACAAGACGCGCGAGGCCAUCGACGCUGACGGCUGGCUGCACACUGGUGACGUCGGCCGCCUGGAUGCCGACGGUUUCCUCUAUAUCACCGGGCGUCUCAAAGAGCUAAUCAUCACAGCAGGCGGGGAGAACGUGCCGCCCAUGCCCAUCGAGGAGGCCGUGAAGACGGAGCUGCCCAUCGUCAGCUGCGCCAUGCUGAUCGGGGACCAGAGGAAGUUCCUGUCCAUGCUGCUGACCUUGAAGUGCACUCUGGACCCAGACACCUCUGACCCCACCGAUAACCUGACCGAGCAGGUCGUGGAGUUCUGCCAGCGGGUGGGCAGCAACGCGACCACAGUGUCCGACAUCGUGGGGAAGAAGGACCAGGCCGUGUACCAGGCCAUUGAAGAGGGCAUCCAGAGGGUCAACCGGAAUGCGGCCGCCCGACCCCACCACAUCCAGAAGUGGGCCAUCCUCCAGAGGGACUUCUCCAUCUCAGGCGGAGAGCUGGGUCCCACAAUGAAACUGAAACGGCUCACAGUCCUGGAGAAGUACAAAGAUGUCAUCGACUCCUUUUAUCAAGAGCAAAAGAAGUGACCCAGGCCGUCCUUCCAGUGUCCCCUGAAGACGGUGGGCCUCCUAGUGUUUUCCUGAGUCCAGGUCUUCAGUCCGGGCACACGGACUUCUGGCAAGUCUGUUAGGUCUCGCUCGGGUCAGGUAUGGCACUGGCAUUCCAUUUGCCAGGACUUGUGCCAACAAUAGCUGACAAUUCCAAGAACCUUCACAUGUGCAUAGUUUUAAGUGUUGCUUUUUGUUCAGGUGACAUGAGACCAGCUGUCCUCCCAGAAGUAAAGGGUUGACAGACUUUGGCCUUAGUUCCAGGUAGAUUUUAUGGGCUGCUGGCUCACUCAGCAGGCCAGCCAGCGGCAGGGAAGUCUGCUCGUAUUACCGCGUGCGAACGGUUGUAACUCACUCACUCACUCUGGAAUCUUGUUGGACGCUGCUGAUGCUGUCACUCCAAUACCAGGCGCCCCUGCACGCACACACCAGCUGACUUGAUGCUUUGUAGCGCUGCUGCUGCCUACCAAUAUUUAAUGUGUAAUUUGGAUAUUAAACGCUUUAACAGAA